UCUCAGCGCUCCUCGCAGUAAUGAGCUUCCUCAGAAGUUUCCCGCCGCCUGGGUCGGCUGAGGGCCUACGGCAGCAGCAACCAGACAUCGAGGCUGUGCUGAACGGGAAGGGCCUCGGCACCGGCACCCUUUACAUCGCUGAAAGCCGCCUGUCUUGGUUAGAUGGUUCUGGAUUAGGAUUCUCCCUGGAAUACCCCACCAUUAGUUUGCAUGCAGUAUCCAGGGACCUAAAUGCCUAUCCACGAGAGCAUCUGUAUGUUAUGGUGAAUGCCAAAUUUGGAGAAGAAUCAAAAGAAUCGGUUGCUGAUGAAGAAGAGGAAGAUAGCGAUGAUGACAUUGAACCUAUUUCUGAAUUCAGAUUUGUGCCUAGUGAUAAAUCAGCAUUGGAGGCAAUGUUCACUGCAAUGUGUGAAUGCCAGGCUUUGCAUCCAGAUCCUGAGGAUGAAGAUUCAGAUGAUUACAAUGGAGACGAAUAUGAUGUGGAAGCCCAUGAACAAGGGCAGGGGGACAUCCCUACAUUUUAUACCUAUGAAGAAGGAUUAUCCCAUUUAACAGCAGAAGGCCAAGCCACACUGGAGAGAUUGGAAGGAAUGCUUUCUCAGUCUGUGAGCAGCCAGUAUAACAUGGCUGGAGUCCGGACAGAAGAUUCAAUAAGAGAUUAUGAAGAUGGGAUGGAGGUAGAUACUACACCAACAGUUGCUGGACAGUUUGAGGAUGCAGAUGUUGAUCACUGAAAAUGGUGGAUGCUGCUUUAGGAUUCUG